AAGUGUGUGAUCUUUUCACACGCAAACCACAAAAACCAUUUCUCCCAUUCUUUCCUCUGCUACUUGUUCCCAGAAACCUCGUGUAUCCCCACAAAACAAAACAAUCCAUAUUUUUCACUUAAAAGACCAACAUAAACUCCAGAAAAAAGGCAGUUAUUCCAACCCCUGGAGCUAGCUGCUCUCUCUAGUCAGAAGCUACAUAUAUAUAGAGAGAGAUGGGCAACUGCUUUCCAACUCCAGUAACUAGUUUCUCCGCGGCCUACAAGCUUCGCACUGCAUCAGUUUCCAAUGCUAAAGCUCAAGAGCGAGGCAAGGCAACGAGUCCACCCAACAAACAAGAUGAUGAUACUGAUGCUGAUAUUUUCCCGGGUCAAGUAGUAGACAGCACAGGCAUGAUUGUGAGGCCGAAUUUGAAGAUGUAUAAUUUGGGGGAACUGAAGAGUGCAACCAGGCACUUCAGACCUGAUAGUGUGGUCGGAGAGGGUGGUUUCGGCCGGGUUUUUAAGGGUUGGGUUGACCCGACGACCUUAGCUCCGUCUAGGGUUGGUGUUGGCAUGCUGGUUGCCGUAAAGAGAUCCAGUCCAGACAGUGAACAAGGCCUCAAGGAGUGGCAGGCAGAGGUGAAAUUCUUGGGAAAGUUUAGUCAUCCCAAUCUUGUGAAACUCUUGGGAUAUUGCUGGGAAGACAAAGAGUUUCUGCUUGUGUAUGAAUACAUGCAGAAAGGAAGCUUAGAAAGUCACUUGUUCAGGAAUGGUGCAGAACAACUUUCGUGGAAAACAAGGCUUAAAAUAGUGAUAGGAGCCGCUAGAGGCCUUGCUUUUCUUCACACAACUGAGAAACAAGUCAUUUAUCGCGAUUUUAAAACAGCCAAUAUCCUUCUGGACGGGGAUUUCAAUGCCAAGUUAUCAGAUUUUGGAUUGGCUAAAUUAGGACCGAUAAAUGGUAAUUCUCAUGUUACAACAGGAAUUGUAGGUACUUAUGGUUAUGCUGCUCCUGAGUACAUGGCUACAGGUCAUUUAUAUUUAAGGAGCGACGUUUAUGGUUUUGGAGUUGUAUUGCUGGAAAUACUGACAGGACGACGAGUAGUUGAUAUGAAUCGUCCUCACAGGGAAAACAAUUUAGUUGAAUGGGCCAGACCGUAUCUCCAAAAGAAGAGUACAUUAAGGAGGAUUAUGGAUCCCAAACUGGAACACAGAUAUCCACUUAAGGCUGCUUUUGAGGCAGCAACGCUUACACUGAAAUGCCUUGAAUCUGAUCCCAAAAAUCGACCAUUCAUCAAUCAUGUAUUGAACACUCUUGAACAGAUCAAUACCAUCGAUAUGUCUCCUAAGGAGGCAAAAACCAGCAAUGUACUAUAAUCAAUGUCGAGACUCCGAUGGUGAUCAAUAUGGGAGUAAUUUAUAUGGAAACGUCGGUGCAGCUAGCUGGUAGCCGCGCUCUGGGUAACAGGACACCCCCGGUUAAGUCAAAUUGGUAGUAAGAAGAUGCAGGGGUGGUUUCAGACAAUAUAUGCUCUUGGAAAUUUAUUUGAUUUCACGUGUGUAUGUAACAAUUACAAUACAUAUCUAUUUUUCGUAUUCUUGUAAUUGUAACAAUGUUCUCUUCUCUAAGAAGCCAAGCCAUUCUGUUGUGGUAUU